CUCUGUAUGUUUGUGUGGCGUAGGAAAGCCAAGGAGGGGUUGUGGGACGAGGCGGUUCAAUGGAUAGCGUGUAAUGAGAGCAGAGUGAGGGUGGAGACAAGGAGAAUUGCCGGGCAAGACUUCCAGGUCUGGAGGUGGAUACAGGAAGACCCACCUCCUACCGAAAUUCCCUCCUCCCGCCAACCAUUAUCACCAGGAGGUCAACAAGGUCGUAGUCAAGGCAACUGGCACGGGAGUGUAUUUGACCACUAUCCUCCAGAGAUCACUACGAAGGUGGCUCCACCCACUGGCACGCCCUCUGUCUGCAUUAGACUUAAGAACAUGUUUGAGCCAAUCAGGAAGAUGAGUGAGAAUCAGAUCCAUGAACUGGAGAAUGCAGUGCUGGAGAGAUGUCACCCUCACGGAGCUGUGGUCCACGUCUGGGUGGACAAGAAAUCACCUGUGGGCUGUGUGUACCUGAAAAUGGACUCCCUCAAGUCUGCAAUGGAAUGCUAUAAUGUGCUGCAUGGCGGCUGGUACAAAGGUCAGUAACACUACACCAGGACACUCUUUGAGGUGGGAAAAUGUCGAUGAAUUUUUGCCAAGUUUUUUUACUGAGAAGUUACUAAUGAUGUCUUACUUGCUCCAAUCAUAAAUUGCUACAUAUUGUACAUUUUUCUCUCUCUCUCCUAUCACGACGGGUUACUUUAUUAAAACAAAUUCCAUUGAAGUUUUACUUGAAAGUCUAAGUAUUGUAAUGGUCCUCUCUUCCUCAUCCCUCUCCCUCUCUCUCUCUCCGCAGGUAAACUAGUGACUGCAAAGUAUAUCCCUGAGAUCAAGUACCACAAGUGGUUUCCGACUGCUACAAACGCAAAAACUCCAAUCCUUGAAUCCUAGCAGUGUUUCUCUGUACAUUAUUAUUAUUGAUUACUGUAUAUAGCCAGCUAGUGUGUUGUUUCUCACCGCACAUUUCAAUUUUCCACUAUUAAA